CAUGUUAGUUUCACAGUCUGUGGUAUCAUCGUCAGUAUUCAGUCAGCAAAUCUUUCAAUCAUACAAUAUAAAGUGGAACAUUUAGAAGAAGUAUUCAAUAAAAAUCAUGUAUUCAAAUGUAGUAAUAUUCACGGUGGGGAUAAUAUCAGCAAACAUUAUUAAUGUCUGGACAAUAAAUUGGUGGAGCGACAUAGAUAACUUCUUCGAGCACGACAAUGAUUCUUAUAAUGAUUACGACCAGAAAGAUGCAAAAGAAACCCCUCGCAGUGAAGGCAUCACAGACAGGAGUAGACAUUUCAGCACAACUGAUGUAAACAUACCUCCGUUAGACACGUAUGUAGCUAACAUUAUAGCGAACAAAGUCAAGUUAUUAUGUUGGAUAGUCACUUGCCCUAAAUUCCACAUGGAUAGAGCGAUACAUAUCAAGGAGACAUGGGGGAAGAGAUGUGACAUAUUGCUCUUUAUGAGUACUGAGGAUGAUCCGCGUUUACCAACGGUGAAACUAAACGUCCCAGAAGGAACUAAUUAUUUGUGGGGAAAGCAUCAAGCGGCCGCCCGUUACAUAUAUGAUCAUUAUUUGCACUCAGCAGACUGGUUCUUGAGAGCUGAUGAUAACACGUACGUUAUAGUUGAAAAUCUGAAGCACUUUUUGAUCGGGUAUAAUACCUAUAAUCCCAUUUAUUUCGGAUUCCGUAUGAAGGCUAUCCAGGCUCAAAAUGGUUUCUUCAGUGGUGGGGCUGGUAUCGUUUUGAGCAGAGAAGCUAUAACCCAAUUUGUAGUCAAGGGUUUACACAAUAGGGUUUGCAAUACAUCACCUUCAGGAGCAGCGGACGACCUAGAUUUGACAAUAUGUCUAGAUAAACUUGGAAUAAUACCCAUGGACUCGAGGGACCAGUACCAGAGAGGCCGAUUCCACCCAUUCAUUCCAGAACAUCAUAUUGAUGCUACUCGAAAUGAUGAGUUUUGGUUUUGGAAAGACAUAUAUUAUGAAAUUUCAUUAGGCCGCGAUUGCUGUUCGGAGUAUACGAUUUCCUUUCACUACAUAGACAAAAAUUUGAUGUAUGCGUUGGAGUACUUCGUGUACCACCUCCGACCCUACGGAAUCAGCUACAAACAUCAUUCAAACACUAAAUUAUUAGAAUUUAUCGAAUGAAUGUUGUAUUCUGUGAACAAUAAAAAACAUUUUACCAUCAGCAACACACUUCGUCAACUUAUUUACAAAAGUUUAAUUAAUUUACAACGUUGUUUAAAUUUACCAUGAUUCAUUUAAAAUUCAACAGAAAUGUAUCAAUCAUAAUCUAAAUUUAAUAAAUUAAUCGCAUUUUUAAUAUCCUUUGAUGUAAUAUUGAUCACAAUCUAAUAGGCAUCAUCUGGUGAAAAGGAAUAUUUUUUCUCUUUAUCAAUGCGUGCAUCUUUUAUGAUGCCAGAAACGGUCAUCGCUUGGCAUCUUUUGAAUAGUCAAUCUCAUGUAUAAGUAAACGUUGACACCGCGUCUAUAAUUUUCUUUGUCUUUGAUCUGUACCCUAAAAGCUUUACGAACCUUAUACAAGUCAAUCAAUUUUAGGUUUCAGUUUUCGACUUCACAAUCACGUCAUAAGUGAAAAGUUUAUUUUAAACUUUCCUUGUGUUGGUGGUUUCUUUCUAAGUCAGGAAUCUUUGUCUCGUCUCGCCUCGCCUCAUUUGAAUCUUGUUCAGUUGACGCAUUGUAUAUUGCAAUUUUUAUUAAUACCCAACUCAGCCCAUGUUUCCUUAGAUGUGGGAUGAAUUUGGCACUUAACAAUAUUGACGUAGUCGAUAGUUUAUAGAAUUUCUUAUCAAAAAUUGUACGGCCAUGCGAACGAAGUCGCGGGCAUCAGCAAGUAUUUUAUAAACAUUAAUGUGUAGCUAUUUACAGCCCAAGAAGUUGUCUUUUGAUCGAAGAAGUCUUUUAUAUAUGAGAUAUUUAUUUAUAUGCAGUCUAUUUAUUUACUUAUUCUUUUCUUGCUCAUUAUUCUUAAUUUCUUUGCAACUCAGAUAAAACUAAUUAGGGAGCAGUAAAAAAUACAACAAUGUUUAAUAUUAUAUAAUGUGGCAUAAUUAUUCAUUUAUCAUUUCAUCAUUCACGUCAUUCACGUCACCAUUAUUUGAUCAUUUUACUCUGAAAAUUUAAACUUUAAAGCUAAUUUCUUUACAGUUUAGAUCCAUGAUGGGUCAAUCGAUUCAACUGCAUGGGUACUAAAUCUAUCUUGUUAUUUCACAGAAAAAGUUUUGCAUUGACACGAAAAUGAUAUUUAUUGUAAAAAAAAUAAUGCCUGAACAAUAAAAAUAGUUUUUAUAAUUUUUUGAUCUUUUAUUAAUAAGUCAAAUUGAAAGUAAUUUUUUGUUUCAGUUUUGUAUCAAUCAAUGUCGCGGUCUCCAUGAAAAUGUUCCUUUUUGUUCUUCCAAUUAACUCCUACAUUGAAAUGUCGCGCCUAUAUAUUUUUAUCAAUUUAUUGCUGAUAAAGCGUAAUUUCUACCAUUUGAGAUUUCAUACGCAUUACGUUCAACAUUUUACAGAUUCUUUUUACUUUUAUUAAAAUAACAACCUCACAGAGUUUAAAGAUUCAGUAUGUACAUAAUUAUAAUAAAUAUAUAAAUUUACUUGUACUAAUUUUUCUUUAGUUUGUUUUUAUUGAAGCUAAUUUUAUUUGUUGAAUAUAAGUUUUCAGCACUCAGUGUCUAUAAGUGACUAAUACGAAGGGUGGGUUGUACCAGUCAACUUUGACGUUAACUUCAAUCUGUGCAAGCAAAGUAGGUACGCCAUUUUAUUUAGUCGGCAGCGGAGUGCAGUUUAAAGUUAAAAUCAAAGUUGACUGGAACAAUCGAACCUAAGUUGAUAUGUUUCCUAUAAAAAUUCCACAUUUUUAAAUACGCAAAAAGGUGAUAUUUUAUUACUAAUAAAUACAUAGUAAAAUUUUAAGGAAGAUACUUCGUAGAAUUAGAUCAUCAUAUCUUCUUGUUUAUUACUUUAUAUCAUUGCAAAAAGGUAAAAAUGAAAUGAUACUGUAAUUAUAACUAGUACUUAAUCGAUUAGAAUCGUAACUAAUAAGCUACAUGCACAUUCGUUUUUAAUAGAUGGUAUAAAAUGAUGAAAACUUGCCACUCGUUGUAUAACAAAUUUUCUUCGCACAAUUAAUAAACGUUUAAUUUAUUGAGAAAUGUAUAUUAUCAAUAUUUUUGUAUUAAUAGUGUUUUCUUGUACGUCCAUUGGAUAUGGACCGUUGUAUGACUUGACACAAGCUAAAGAAUUAUAUCAAUCUUAUAAAGAAAAAUUUCAGAAGAAUUACAAGAACGCAAACGAAGAAUAUAUACAUUACUUACAAUUUGUUAAAUCGUUAAAAGAAAUCAACGAAAUUAAUUCUAAAAAUGAUGAUUUUGUAGCUGAUUUAAAUCCACUUUCCGAUAUGACCGAAGAACAAAAAUAUCCAUUGAUCCAUGGUGUAAUUUUCCCUGAAAAUGAACAGACACUGGUACAACACCGUUCAAAGAGACAAAGCAGUAUGAUGACAUCGACAACGAUGAAACCAAAGACUGAAAUGCUCGCAACAACAAAAAAAUUAUGUGGAUUUAUUUAAUCUACCUAGCUGGAACAGCAGAGGACCUUACCUUUUCAAUAAUAUUGGAUUAUUGUAAUAAAAAUAGAAGUGCUGAA